CGGAAAUUGUGAAUUACGACGUGAUCGCUUGCGUGGACAAUGGCUAAAACCAUUAUAACUAGAAAAAGAAAAUAAUGUGCGAGAAAUGAAACAGCAGCACUUUGAGUCUUUGACUUUGUUCAGUGUGAAGGUUCAUCCAUGGGUUGGAGAGGAAUACUGGGUUUUGAAUGUGGGGUAGUUCAGGGGCCUUUGGGCCCUGAUAUCUCUGGCCCCGACCUUGUUGCUGCUGUUGCCAACUCUGGUUGUUUAGGAAUACUCAAAGCCCCUGAUUGGGAAUCCCCUGAUUACGUGAGGGGGCUCAUACAGAAGACUAGGACCUUAACGGACAAACCAUUUGGUGUUGGCGUGGUUCAAAUUUUUCCUCACGAGGACAACGUUAAGGCCAUUCUAGAGGAGAAAGUCGCAGUCUUGCAAGUUUCCUGGGGUGAUUGUUCCAGGGAAUUGGUCGCUCGGGCUCAUUCUUCUGGGGUUAAGGUUGUUCCUCAGGUUGGGACUUUUGAAGGCGCAAAACAGGCAAUUGAUGCCGGUGUUGAUGGAAUAAUUGUGCAAGGAAUUGAAGCUGGUGGCCAUGUCCUUGGUCAGGAAGGUUUAAUUUCAUUGGUGCCAAGGGUGGUUGAUCUUGUUGGUGACCGAGACAUACCAGUGAUUGCUGCUGGAGGAAUUGUUGAUGCACGAGGUUAUGUUGCUGCUCUGGCACUUGGUGCUCAAGGCGUUUGUCUAGGCACUAGAUUUCUGGCAACUGAGGAAAGCUAUGCUCAUCCUAUAUACAAGAGGAAGAUAGUUGAAUUCAGUGAAACUGCAUACACUGAUAUCUUUGGCAGGGCAAGAUGGCCUAAUGCACCUCAUCGCGUCCUUGAGACACCAUUCUACAAAGAUUGGAGAUCCCUUCCGGCCCAUGAAAAUGAAGCCAGCAAGCCUGUUAUUGGCCAUUCAAAAAUUCAUGGCUUGGAAAGGGAGAUUAGACGUUUUGCUGGUACUGUCCCAAACAUGACUACAACAGGGGAUUAUGAGAGCAUGGUUAUGUAUGCUGGCCAAGGUGUUGGUCUCAUCAAGGAAAUUCUACCUGCUUCUGAAGUCAUAAAGAGGGUAGUUGGAGGGGCUCAGCUUCUUAUCCAGCAAAAUUUUAAUUAUCUGGCAAGAGUUGGGUAGUUCAGUGUCUGGCUAAUGUUGCAAAAAGACAGUACUUAGUUUCAGUUCAAUUUUCGAAAUUCAUUUUCUUAAUUCUUUAUUUCGAGUCACGUGUAAUAUGUUCAAAUAACUAGGAGAGGAGUAUGAGAAAAAAGAAAGAAGAAAAUGAUUAGAUUUACUUAAUUGGUUGCUCCAAGAUUACGUAGUUUGUUUGAAUUUCUAAUUUAAAUGGACAAAUUGAUCUUGCACGC